GUUCCUACACCUGUGUUUAUUCCAGCGUUUCCAAAAAACAAAUUAUUAGAUCCUAAACGCUGUUUGGCUGUGUAUUUAAAACGCACUGAACAAUUUCGAAAUAUAGGUACAGAAUCUGAUGUCACUGAACUAUUUCUUUUGGUUAACGAAUCUCAUAGACCAGUUACAGCACAGACAAUUUCAAGCUGGAUUGUUAAAGUUAUCAAAUAUGCAUACAAGAACAGUAAAAAGAACAUUAAAAAUGUGAAAGGUCACUCAACGAGAAGUGUAUGUCCUUCUUGGGCACUUUUCCACGGUGCAACAGUGAAAAGCGUGAUGGAGUCCGCUGACUGGUCUAAAGAGACCAUUUUCGUGAAACAUUAUUUCACUACGGUAAAUGUAGAUUUUCUGAAAACUACUCGUGAUAAAUAGAUAAACUGUCAGUCGUAUCUUGGCGAGUCGGACUUGAGGAAAUUUCACAGUGAUUACAGUUUUUUAAACUGAUAUACGUUUAAGUGUUGUACAUAUGGGUUGUACAGGAUAUAUACUGUAGAUUGUAUGUAACAAUUGGAUGUACAGUAUUUGGUUUUUAAAGGUACUUUUGUACAGACAGUGGGUUGUACAGGAUAUUUACUGAAGUAAGUCAUGGAAGGGCCACGGGAAAGUAAAUCAUCAACUGAUGAACGUCAAAAUACAUUUCUAAAACCAAACUAUUUUGUAACGAUCCAGAUAACUGACAAAGAAACGCUGAAGAACUUACAAGCCGAGCAAAAAGAUUUUUUAUCAAGAUACCCACGUUAUAAAGACAGUGUUAUACCGCAGGAACGUUUUCACGUGACUCUAACUGUUCUUGAAUUACCUGACGAAGAUCAUAUUAAAGAGUGUAUUGCAACCUUGGAAAAUGUAAAAGAUGACAUUAUUGACCUAGCUAGAAAAGCAGGAAAGUUGACAUUCAGAGGCCUCGGGAGUUUUUCCACGAGGGUUAUUUUUGCUAAAUUGGAGUUUUCUAACGAGUUUAUGCAGCUUGUAGAUCUAAUCAGAAAUUCCAUUGCUGUUACUGGUAUAAAAGUUGAAUUAAAACCACUGAAAGCUCAUGUAACGUUAUUUAAAGUUAAAAGUGACACUUACAAGGAAAUGGGGAUAUAUAUGUAUAAAGGAAAGUUAAUAUUAGCGUCUCUUUUUGACCCAGACCCUUAUUUCGGAUCACAAGAUAUAAAUAAUGUUCAAAUUUGCGAGAUAAGUGGAGAUCGAGAAGACAACGGGUUUUAUAGAAAUAUUUUCAACUUAUCAAUCGAUCAUUCAAAAUAAAUGCUUCAAAAUUUUAUAUUGGUUGGAACAUUUUAUGUAUUUGUGAAAAAGCAUUAUUAAUCUUAUAUUCUAAGAAGGAAACGACCCAUCUACCGUCGUCACCAACCUAAUGAAGUCCGAUUCUUAAAACACGUGUAUAUAAAAAUAAGGUUGUCGUUUUUUUAGCAAAUUUUAUUUAUUUCCCAAAAUAGACAUAUUGACUUUACAAAGUAUUUCUAGACUAUGAUUGACAACAAGGCGUUUUUAGGGUUAAGUUACUAAAAUGAGUUUAUGUGUAACUAAGUUAUUUCAUAUGAAUAAUUUUAAAUUAAAAAAAACAAUUGUGUA